CCAAAAUGGUGACUUUAUCGUGUAACGUUUUUGGUGUUUGGUUUAUUGUGUGCAAACAUGUAAAUUUUCAUACUUAAUACGUUAUAAAUAUUACAUUUCUUACAAUGGCAACAGAAGAUAAUUUGACAAGACAGGUUGAAGAAAUAGAAGCACUGACAGCCAUGUAUCCUGAAGAACUGGUAGUCAUAGACGAGGUGAACAGGACUUAUUGUAUAACUCUGAGAAGUCAGCAUAACGCACGUACAAUUUCUAUUCCUCUUCAAUUCCAGCUUCCUACAGAUUACCCCAAUGAAGCUCCACCACAGUUCCAACUGCUCGCCAGCUGGCUUCGAGGACCGGAAAGGAAUAAAAUUGAAGACACUCUGAGUGAGAUAUAUAUUGUUAAUCAAGGUGAAUCCAUUAUAUAUCUGUGGAUAGAGGCGGUUCGUGAGUUCCUUGAAGAUUUUCCAAACAUGCUCACUCCAAACACAGAAAACAGCAGACCCCCGGUGAAACCUAAAGAACCUGCCACAGAGGUUGUCGAUGAACCAGAAGUUGAAGGGAUCUCAAAUCUAUCUCUUGAUUACGAACACUACCAGUCUAAAAAAGAUGAUUCCAGUCGGACAUGUCCUGAGCUGAUUCACGGCGAAUUUCUCUGGGACAGGAAAAGUAAAUUCCAGGCACACCUGGCUGCAGUACAUCACAAAGACGAGGUUGAGCUGGUGCGGAGUAAACUGUUGGAAGAUCGAAAGGUAGCUGCCGCAACUCACAACAUUAUUGCUUAUAGAAUAAAGCAGACGGAUUCGGACGUGAUGUACAAUGGGUGUGAGGACGAUGGAGAGAUCCACGCCGGAUCCAGACUCCUGCACCUGUUGGAAAUUUUAGAGGCUGUGAACGUGAUGGUGAUAGUAACGCGGUGGUACGGAGGGAUUCAUCUCGGUCCAGAUCGCUUCAAACACAUCAGCAACUGUGCCAGGGACAUCCUGCACCAGAAUGGCUACAUCAGAGAAAAGCAUGAGAAGAAAGGCCCACGAAGCAAGACGUCUAAGGCUAGAUGACAAGAGUUGGUUUCAAAGACUUGUGGUCAGCUUCAGAUUUUAUGAUUCUCCAGGCAAUAGUUAUUUAUUGCCAAUACCUGUACAAUAUGAUGUUUUAUCCUGCCAUUUUGAAAAUUUAGUUUUCCCUACAAGGUUAUAGUUUAUUAGAGGGGGUUUUUUUCGUAAGGAAAAGGUUGCAUUUUUAAUGGACAGUUGGAUAUACCAGGGGUAGGGAAAAGUCCUUUUUUUCCAGUGUGGGACCGAUUCUCGAUCUCUGAGACUGCAAUUAUUAUUUUUAAAAACGUGUUUGUCAAAUUUAAUUAAAAUUAUAUCCGAUAUACCCUAAAAUAAUAUAUCAUC